AUGGUUUUCCGAUCGCCUUUAGAGCUUUAUCCCUCCCAUUUCUUCCUGCCAAACUUCGCUGAUCGCCCACUGCUGCUGGCGAACAGCGCGCCCGCCGCCAGGUCCCCGGAAGACUUGUCCAUGUUCCAGCUACCCACCCUCAACUUCUCCCCGGAGCAGGUGGCGAGCGUCUGCGAGACGCUGGAGGAGACCGGCGACAUCGAGCGGCUGGGUCGCUUCCUCUGGUCCCUGCCCGUGGCGCCCGGAGCCUGCGAGGCCAUCAACAAGCAUGAGUCCAUCCUGCGCGCCCGCGCCGUGGUGGCCUUCCACACGGGCAACUUCAGGGACCUCUACCACAUCCUGGAGAACCACAAGUUCACCAAGGACUCGCACGGGAAGCUGCAGGCCAUGUGGCUGGAGGCUCACUACCAGGAGGCCGAGAAGCUGCGCGGACGCCCGCUGGGUCCCGUGGACAAGUACCGCGUACGGAAGAAGUUCCCGCUACCUCGGACCAUCUGGGACGGCGAGCAGAAGACCCACUGUUUCAAGGAGCGGACUCGGAGCCUGCUGCGGGAGUGGUACCUGCAGGACCCCUACCCCAACCCCAGCAAGAAAAGGGAACUGGCGCAAGCCACUGGACUCACUCCCACACAGGUCGGCAACUGGUUCAAGAACCGGAGGCAACGAGACAGAGCCGCGGCGGCCAAAAACAGGCUCCAGCACCAAGCAAUGGGACCGGCCGGCAUGCGGUCCCUCUCCGAGGCCGGCCUCACCCCUCACAGCUCGGCCGAGUCGCCCUCGACGGCGGCCAGCCCCACCACCAGCGUGUCCAGCAUGACGGAGCGGGCCGACACCGGCACCUCCAUCCUGUCCGUCACCUCCAGUGACUCGGAGUGCGACGUAUGAUACGCAGAAUCAAAAAACAAAAACAUGGAAAGAAAACAACAACAACAAAAUCACACACAGACACACACACAUACACACAAGAAAAAGAGAAUUAUUUACAGGGAAAAUGGACCUGAGAGGAAAAAAAGGACUUGGAUGGAGGAAGACAAAGGACCGAUUACUAUAAAUAUGACAUAAAAAAGAGAUAAAGCACGUGUUUUUUUUUUUAAAGUAAAAGCGCUUUCAAAAAGGAUUCAUGCUAUCCCCCCUCCUCCUCUUCAUCCUGCCCCCUCACACCAACGAAACUAGACUUGCAUGAUUAUUCCCCUUUCUUUGUUUUUAUUUUUAAAAUUAAAAUCUGUUGCAUCCUGUGGAGCAGCGAGCAGAGGGAAUCAAAACAUUUGGACCAUUUCUUUUGGCGAUGACGUCACGCGGACAAAAUGCAUGUUUCUUUCUUUUUUGUUCACCAGACAAUCAUUUCAAGUCGUAUAAGCACCUUUUUCUUGUUUUCUUUUUCU